AUGGUCUACUCAACCUUCGAGAUAGUCCAGCCCAUGGUUGGUACCAACGCCUCGGCUAUCUUGAGCGACUUGCGCGGCGUCCGCGUCAGUGAUGUCAACCUCCAGUCGGCUUGCGCUGCGAAGCCCGCUUGGAUUUAUACUCACGAGGGUGUCAUGUACAACCCCCUUGCGUGGGCGCUGGCCAUUGACGAAAUCAUGCAUGAUGGCCCCGCGCAUCUAUCUUGGCUCGAUCUUGAGCAUGUUUGUCGGCAGGCAUUGCCGCCAGCCCUAUAG